ACUUUUAUGUUAAAUGGCAUUUGCAAAAAUGUCACCUUCGUUUGUGCGCAUAUAGACCGAUAUAGACACGCAUAUUAUAAAACACCAUCUCGGUUAUCUACAACAGGACUUUGAAGUGUGCAAAAAGCUAAAUGGUUGCAAAAUUAUGCAGAGAAGAAUAAAACCUGAAGCUGUCCCGAAUGGGAGGGCUUAAAGGGCCUGGUUGCGCAGAUAUGAUGCUUGCAGGUCUUGUUAUGACUGCAAGGUCCUGUUUCACUCUCUGGCGUCAGACGGACGCACAACAAGUCGAGCCGCGUCACCUUCUCCAACAACGUGAAGAUCGAUUCAAACGGCGUCGCUUUAGCGGGGAACCCAUCGGACUUGUACUUUCAGUGUUUUUUCUGCAUCAGGGAGAAAAUCCACCGUCGUGUCACUUUGAAGGACCGACGGAUUUCUCGCUUUUGUCACGUCCGGAAGACAAAACCUUGUUUUCCGUUGCUUUAGAUGAAUUUUUUCCAAGAGCCACCUGUGACCUUUAUGUUUUACAGUAACUGAACUGACUUUCUGCGUUUACAGGAGCGUUUGGGACUAGUCGAGGACUCGCUUUUGGUCUUUUUUCCCACUUUUCUUUGAAUGCGUUGCAGAUAUGAUGAUGUCACCGACGCCACUUUUUCCUAAAGUUAUGGCGGAGCACAACUUUUUGAACUUCUCUUGGUAAGCAUGUACGAUCUACCGGUCCUAGCACUUCACUGCUAUUGAUACACGCUUGAAAGCCGAACUUUUAGUGUUAAAACCGGUUCUUUUUCAGACACAUUAACACAAAAUACAGGUUAAACCAUUAAAAACCGAGCAGAAGUUCAGUUCGCUGUUUCAGGGAGGGCCUGCUGGCUGCUUUGCUGUUUUUGGUGAAACUGUCGAGCUUUAUUUAAAAACACACUCGCUGCUACCCUCAACGUAUCAUUUUAAAGCACGAGAAAACCCACACGAGUAUCCCAAAUAGCUGUUUGUCCCUUGUUUGGUUUGAAUGCUACACACUAGCAGCAUUCAUGCUAACCUGCUACAUGUCAAAAUCACAUAUGUGGACGUUUGAUGAAGCAGCCAUGUCGUUGUUGUAAACUGAACUCAUGCUUGGGAUGAAUCAAGCGUUUGCAACAAAUCUCCAGCGUUUAGCCUGUCUGCAGCAGAUGUGCAUUAACACAAGUACAGCAGACAUGAUAACAACACGAGUGUCUUCAGGGUCAGCAGCCUCCUGUAUAAACCUGCAGGGUGGUGGUAAACACGUGAAUGUCAAGAAUAAACAAAAACCUUUUGGUUGUUUACAUUAAGCUCAGUAGUUUGUGAUGGAAACAAUCCAGGUGAGUGGGUUUAUUUGAUGGCCUGGCCUUUUGUUUUCAGGAAACACAUUUUGCAUGAAAUAGUCAGUUUAGCUCAGCUCAUUGUUUUCUUCUUCUGGUUUAUUAGCAUAUAUAGGCCACACGCGACUCUUUUUGCGUGUUAUAAACUUCCAGCCGAGACAAAAAGACCCGCAGAAACACACAACUCUGCAGUUUGGAUUAGCUCAGUGUUUCUGGCUUUUCUCAGUAAUUAAUAUGUUUUUAUGCCACAAUCCCCACAUGCAAUCUCUAUUUAAAGGUUGCUGGAGGUGAGAUUAAGUUUUGAGAUUAAACCUUACAGCGCUCUAACCCAAAUCUCAUGUUUUGCCACUUUCCCCCCCUGGUGUUUUAAUCAACCGUGUCCAGGCCAGCAGAUGCUGUUUCUCAUUGUCAGCAUAAACAUUGUGUCUGUAUGCCCCAAAACAUGCAUUUCUGCAGCUUUUGUGUUCUAGUUAAGAGAGCCAGUAAAUGAGGAAUGCACCCACAGAGAUGGAUGAGAUCCAAUGUGUUCCUUUGUGAUCUGCAUAGAUUGUUGUGAGUAUUUAGUUUUACUGAUGGAGCACCUUCAAGGAGCGUGGAGAACCCUGAGUAACGGCUUUGGAAUGAAGGACUCUGCGUUUGAGGGUCCCUGCCUUUCCCCGACUAUGGUCCAGGGCUUUCCCCACCAGCGACGCUCCUCAGAUGACAGCAAGGUGCCAGACUCGAAGGCUAGUAGCACAAUCCGUGUCUACCUCCCAAACCAGCAACGCACGGUGGUAAACGUGCGACCAGGUUUGACUUUGUACACGUGUCUGAUUAAAGCCCUGAAGGUGCGAGGGCUGCAGCCUCAGUGCUGCGCCGUCUUCAAGCUGCACCCAGGUCAGAGAAGAAAAUCUCGGAUGGACUGGAACACUGACUCCACCUCUCUAAUUGGGGAAGAGCUGCUGGUCGAGGUUUUAGAUCACGUUCCGCUGACGACCCAUAAUUUUGCUCGGAAGACCUAUCUUAAGCUAGCCUUCUGCGAUAUUUGCCAGAAGUUUCUUUUAAAUGGUUUCCGCUGUCAAACAUGUGGCUACAAAUUCCACGAACACUGUAGCACCAAAGUGCCCACGAUGUGUGUGGACUGGAGCAACAUCAGACAGCUCCUGUUGUGUCCGGUCCCCGGGGAGAGCGGCACCCCGUCACUGCCGCCGCUCACCUCUCGACGGAUGAGAGAGUCUCUGUCACGGUUUCCAAGCUCAGCCCACCGAAAUUCCACCCCCCACGCCUUCAACUACGCCACAUCGUACCAACCCACAGGCGGCGGUCUCUCCCAACGGCAGCGCUCCACCUCCACGCCCAACGUCCACAUGGUCAGCACCGCCCUGCCCGUGGACAGCACCACCAUCGAGCUAGACUGCUUGAAUACCUCUCCCGUCUUCUGGUGCCACAGAUUCUGGCUGAAGAGGAAAGUAGGUAUUGUGCACUUCUCCCAGGCUUUUGUGGAGACCUCACCUGUGAGUCCAGGACAGCAUGUGAUGCGUGAUCAUGACUCUGCGGGAAAUUCCCCCAACCAGAGCCCCACAGGCUGGUCCCAGUCCAAAGCUCCCCCGCCUCACCAGCGUGAAAAAAUCACCUCCUUCAGCAAUCAGGAGAAAAACAAAAUUAGGCCCCGGGAUAAGAGAGACUCCAGUUAUUACUGGGAGAUCGAGGCCAGCGAGGUGUGUCUGCAGUCCCGCAUCGGUUCGGGCUCUUUUGGAACAGUGUUCAAAGGAAAAUGGCACGGUGACGUAGCAGUGAAGAUUUUAAAGGUCACCAACCCCACACCGGAGCAGUUCCAGGCGUUCAGAAACGAAGUGGCAGUCCUAAGGAAAACGCGACAUGUGAACAUCCUUUUGUUUAUGGGCUACAUGACGAAGGACAACCUGGCCAUCGUGACCCAGUGGUGCGAGGGCAGCAGCUUGUACAAACACAUUCACGUCCUGGAGACCAACUUCAAGAUGAUCCAGCUCAUCGAUAUUGCCAGGCAGACGGCUCAGGGCAUGGACUAUUUACAUGCUAAGAGCAUCAUUCAUCGUGACAUGAAGUCCAACAACAUCUUCCUGCAUGAGGGGCUGACGGUGAAAAUCGGGGAUUUUGGUCUCGCCACGGUGAAGGCUAGGUGGAGCGGCUCCCAGCAGGUGGAGCAGCCUUCUGGAUCCAUUCUUUGGAUGGCACCCGAGGUUAUCCGGAUGCAGGAUAAUAAUCCCUACAGCUUCCAGUCUGAUGUGUAUUCCUAUGGAAUUGUUCUCUUUGAGCUGAUGACGGGAGAGCUCCCGUACUCGCAGACGGCGAACAGAGAUCAGAUCAUUUUCAUGGUGGGAAGAGGCUAUUUGUCCCCAGACCUCAGUAAGCUCUACAAGAACUGUCCCAAAGCCAUGAAAAGGUUGGUGGCCGACUGCAUCAAGAAGCUCAAGGAUGAAAGGCCGCUCUUUCCUCAGAUCCUGUCCUCCAUCGAGCUCCUCCAGCACGCUCUCCCCAAGAUAAACCGCAGCGCCUCAGAGCCGUCCCUGCACAGAGCCUCACAGGCCGAGGACAUCAACACGUGCACGCUGACCUCCACCAGACUGCCUGUUUUAAGCCUGUUUUAAGCUCUUGGAGAAUAUCGGCACCUCCUCCUCCUCCUCCUCUCCUCACACGACGGCUCUUCCUGUUCACAAAUACACAAUCUUAGAUGCCCUACAGACAUUUGUCAUUUCAGACAUGCUAAAUAAUAAAUGUGUGAGUUAAAGAGCAAAGAAAUCCUUAGAGGGUCAGGAUAUGGUACAUCCCCCUAUUAGGAGGCAGAACGAGGCUUCGUGUUGGUGAAUUAUUUGUAAAUAAAUAAAUACACCCGUGCUACCUAAGAUGACGGAUGGACGCUGAAGGAGGCUCAGGAGGCACACGCCAUCCUUUUGAUCAAACCUCCCUGGUUUACGACGAAGAGGACUCUUAUUUUUUUUAAGCUUACCUGCCUUAAGAGGAAACAACCUCAACUGUAUUUCUGCACAAUCUCACCUCCUCUGGUUAUCACAAAGCCGUUGGAAGUUGUCCAUCUUAUUGCACAGUAGCAGAUUACGUCUUAAAUCGUAACGGACUAGACUUGGGAUUUUUGUUUGUGUAACUUUACUUUUGGGUUUUGGAUCCGGUCUGUCAGCGAGCGUCUCACUAGACCGAACCCUCCGCGUCGCGAGCUGGACGCUCGGCAGGUGUCUUAAAUAUUUAAAGUGACUUGGGAACUAAUUUGUUUUGUUAUGUCACACUGAUGAGGUUGAAUGUUUUAUUUGCUAUUUUAAUAAAGUUAAGUUAAAAAGCCAAGAA